AUGAGCCAAAUCCAACAGUCAUGUGCUACCAAGCCUGGAAAGGCUGGUGCUGGAGGUUCUUGUGGAGCUCGGUGCUUCAGUAGUUGCUCAACUGGUGGUGGGUAUGGAAGAGUCAACUUCUCUUCAUCUUCCCUGAUACGAUCUGGAGGGCCUCAAAGUUACCCUGUGCGCCUUGGUGCUGGAAUGGGCAAAGGAUUAAGCUUCAGUGGUGACACUUUUCCCAUUUGUCCACCUGGAGGUAUCCAAAAUGUUACGGUCAACCAAAUCCUCCUUCAGCCAGUAAAAGUUGAUAUUGAUCCAAAUAUCCAGAAAGUCAGAACACAAGAAAGGGAGCAAAUCAAAUCACUCAACAAUAAAUUUGCAUGCUUCAUAGACAAGGUCAGAUUCCUUGAACAACAAAAUAAAAUUCUGGAAACAAAAUGGAAGUUUUUGCAAGAACAAAAUAAAAAGCUGGCUAAUAUGAAAGACAACAUCAAACCAUUAUUUGAGGUAUACAUUAGCAGCCUACAAAGACAACUGGAUACCACCAAGAAUGAAAAAUGUCGUCUUGAAGGAGAUCUGAAAAACAUGCAGGAUGUUGUGGAAGGUUUUAAGGCUAAAUAUGAAGAAGAGAUCAAUAAGCGUGCCUGUGCUGAAAAUGAAUUUGUAUCUUUGAAAAAGGAUGUUGAUGUCCUGUACAUGCAAAAAACUGAUCUGGAUUGCAAGCAAGAUGCCUUGGUGGAUGAGCUUAAUUUCCUGAAGACUUUAUUUGAUGCGGAAGUGGCUAACAUGCAAGAACGAAUUUCCAACACCAAUGUUAUCUUGACCAUGGACAACAACCGUGAACUGGAUUUAGAUGGAGUCAUUUCUGAGGCUAAAUCUCAAUAUGAGGAAAUUGCUGCUAAGAGCAGAGCAGAAGCUGAAGCCAACUAUGCUAGACAAUUCCAGCAGCUCAAAGACACAGCGGGACAACAUGGGGAUAAUCUGCGCAGUCAGAGGAAUGAGAUCCAGGAUCUGAACAGCAUGAUAAAAAGACUGCAAGGAGAAAUCGACUGUGUAAAGAAACAUAUUUGUGCACUAGAAAUAGCAAUUACAGAUGCUGAAGGCCGUGGGGAGGUUGCUUUGAAAGAUGCCAAAGAGAAAUUAUGUGAACUGGAAGCUGCUCUACAAAAAGCCAAAGAAGAUCUUGCAGUUCAGCUACGUGAUUACCAGGAACUGCUUAAUGUAAAAAUGUCCCUGGAUCUUGAGAUUGCCACAUACAGGACUCUUCUGGAGGGUGAAGAAAGCAGGUACGUGUUGCAAAAUAAGUAG